UUCGCGCGCGUGCUCGUCAGCUCGUGCGUCCGCGUGCGUCCUCAGCGCUGAAAAGUUUAUGAUGGAAAGGAGAAAAAGAAACGGAGGAAAACUCCACGCGCCUUGCCAGCGCUGACGUCACUGAGGUGUUCAAAACCAAAUGCACGAGUCUGUCUGCGAGAGUCAGGAUCCACCGGCAGCCUGAAGGAAAGAAGGAAGGAAGCUUGUGCCUGGACACCCUGUUUAAAAUCAAGGUUUAAUUCUGGAUUCAAUGCAUUUACCACUUGGGUUCAGUAAUGAGCUGGCUCCUCACCUGGGUCCUGCUUGUUGCCCGACUUCAUCAGGCUGUCUCACUGAAUUCCUCCACUGUGCCAUUCAUACCUGAGUCCACUACCCCUGAGCCAUACAACCGGACUCAGUACUGUAAGUGGCCCUGCACCUGCCCUGAGACUCCCCCGAGCUGCCCGGCUGGUGUCAGCCUCAUCAUGGAUGGCUGUGACUGCUGUAGGGCCUGUGCCAAGCAGGUGGGCGAGCAGUGUAACGAGGCAGACAGCUGUGACCACCAUCGCGGCCUCUACUGUGACUACAGCUCAGACAAGCCUAGGUACGAAAAAGGAGUGUGUGCAUAUCUACUCGGGACAGGCUGUGAGCACAAUGGUGUAAUCUAUCGUAAUGGGCAGAGUUUUCAGCCCAACUGUAAAUACCAGUGUCUGUGUGUGAACGGGGCCAUCGGGUGCGUACCGCUGUGUAACGAGUCUCAGCCUCCGAGGGUGUGGUGCCCGACGCCGCUGCGGGUCAAAAUCCCUGGGCGCUGCUGUGAGCAGUGGAUCUGUGAGGAGCCCAGAAGGGGGCGCAAAGCGACACCUCGUCAUGCCAUGGCAGCUCUGUUCAGAGGGAAAGACACUUGGCAGGAGAACUGUGUGACACAGACCUCAUCAUGGAGCCCGUGUUCCAAGACUUGUGGCCGAGGUGUAUCUUUACGCAUCACUAACGCUAACAAGCAGUGUCGAAUGGUCAAGGAGAGGCGGCUUUGCAACAUCCGGCCCUGUGAGGUGGACAUCACUAAACACAUUAAGCCUGGAAAGAAGUGCCUGAACAUCUACAGGGAAGAUGAACCGAUUAACUUCACCAUCUCAGGCUGCACUAGCAAGAAACUCUACCGGCCGAAGUACUGCGGCGUCUGCACAGAUGAGCGCUGCUGCAUCCCAUACAAGUCUAAAACGGUGCAGGUGGAGUUCCAGUGCUCGCAUGGAGCCACGGUCACUUGGCAGGUUAUGUGGAUUAAUGCCUGCUUUUGCAACCUCAGCUGCAAAAACCCCAAUGACAUCUUUGCAGAUUUGGAGCAGUACUAUGAGAAUCGAGAAAUCAUGAACUGACACACAGGCUGCUCAUCAAACUCAUUGAAGUGAGGUCGACACAAUAAAUAGGAUCAGCCAAUAAGGAAUAUAUGUAUAUUGCAAUACAUUCUGAGCAUUAGAUAUCACAUUUAAUUAUUGAAUCCCUUUUUUUUUUUGAUUGGCAUAUAAAAUGUGUUGUAUCAUAUUACAAUGAGUGUGUGAGUGUGUGUAUGUGUGUGUAUGUGUGUGCCCUGCGAUGGAUCAGCACCCUGUCCAGGGUGUACCCUGCCUCAUGCCCUAAGCUUCCUGAGAUAGACUCCAGGUCUCUGAACACAGGAUAAAGCGGUAUAGAAGAUGAGUGAGAGUGAGUGAGUGUAUCAUAUUACAGUAAUAUUUCCGUCGUUACAUCAUUUCGUUUUUUUAUGCUUUUUAAUAACUAAAAAAGAACAAACUAUAAGAUAUAAAAGAGAGUGCUUUCUUUAUAUCUUGGUUUUAAUGCCACAACUAUUUUAAAAUGAGCACAACACCACUACAAAGAACCGCUCUUGUAUAAGCAUUCACAGCAUUAUAAUUUAAUGAAGACUUAAUUAGGAUUUUUUUCCCAGUUUGUUUACACACAAUGUUAAAACCCAAAUAGUUUUAUAAUAAAAUUGAAUUAAACACAAAAGCAGGCAAUACCCGUGUAGUACGUGGCAGUGGGCACAAAUCAGAAAGACAGCAGACUCAGGUCAAGAUGGCUGCUGUGUGUUUGUUAUUGGCAGAGGUCAAUUAUUUGUUUGAUCACAAACCAUACACACUCAUGAGCUCGGCUUACUGUAUGUGUGUGUGUGUGUGUGUGAGCGAGAGAGAGAGAGAGAGAGAGAGAGAGCUUGUUAAUAAUCAUUUCCAAAUAGGUGACAGGUGUGCCAUGUUAAUUAGCUCACUCGGUAUCUACAUGUUUUUUUCUGUUCACCUGUUCUCCACAAAUUAGAUUUUUGGAAUUGGUUUUCACCAGGCCCUCGUCUAAAUUGAUGAGAUACAAUGGCAAAUAAGUCCCUUUCAGUUCAAGAUUAUCCUGUACAGGGUGACUAGGGCCUGGAACCUAUCCCAGGAGACUUUAGACCUGAGGUGGGAUUCACCCUAAACAAGGGCACAGGCACACACACUAUGGGCAAUUUGGGAAUGCCCACAUGUCUUUGGACUGUGGGAAGAACAUGCAAACUCCAUACAAAUAGACGUGGGAUUACUAAGGUGGGAAUUAAACCCUCAAACCUGGAGGUGUGAGAUUACAAUGCUAACCACUACGUCACCGCGCCACCAGUUCCAGGUUAUAACAAUAUAAAAUGUGGACAUACAAGAUAUGCUCCAAAUUCUUGAGGUUUUUGUCUACUAAGAAUAUGUAUGACUGUACAACAUUCCGCCCGUACAAAAAUACCAGCUCAUUGAAAGCUCAAUGUUGUCAUGACAUGUGUCAUGACAUGUUCAUGUUUAAGGUAUGUAUACGUCUGACCACAAAUCUAUAUCUUAUGUGUUAACCAUCUUUUAUCACCAUAUGUAAGCAGUUAUGGAUAAAUAGAGGUGCUUUAGUCAUACAAAAACAGUCAGAGGGGUUGUUUUUGUUUUCCUUGUUCUUUUUUAAUAAAUACAACUCUUAUUCCAUUCAAAUUUACAGUGUGGUCUAUGUGUUGCUGUGCAUCUUUACAAAGAUUAUGUUAGCUAAAAAGACUGUAAUUGGAUUUCUCCCACAAUACUUCUAAACCACAU